AUGUCAGCCACAAGAAGGGCAUAUUCGAAUGCGCUUCGCGCGAGUGGCCGCAUCGCCGCGCCCGCUGGCCUCGCAAGACAGGCUUUCGCCAUUGCUGCGUCGUCGUCGAAGAGCUUCCGGCCUGCAGACUGCGCAACGGCGAACCGGUCUCUCGCGGCCAUUGCGCCAAGAUUCUACUCUUCAAAGUCUGGAGCGGACGACUACCAUGAGAUCUCGGCCACGGGUAGCAAGCUGUGGAGCUUUGAGCAGAUGGAGAAGCUUGCCAAGGAUGGCAAGCCAAACGUGGUGAUUAUUGAUGCCCGUGAGCCUGGCGAGCUUGUGCAGACGGGCUGCAUCCCCGGUGCCAUCAACAUCCCUGUUGGGACAGCGCCUCAAAGCUUUCACAUGACCUCGGAGGACUUUGAGGACCUACACGGCUUCAAGCGCCCAGGCCAAGACCAGGAGCUGAUCAUGUACUGCAAGGCUGGUGUGCGUAGUCGGGCGCUGGCGUCACUGGCCAAGGAGGCCGGAUGGAAGAACGUCGGGGAGUACCCUGGCAGCUGGCUCGACUGGGAGAAGAACGGGGGACCGGUUCAGAAAAAGAAGGAGCACUAA